GAGGCGGCUGAAAGCGGGUCGGGUUUGUGCCCCUGAGGGGAGGCUGCGCCGCGAAAAGCAGUUCGGGUUCCCAGCUCCCGGUGUGGGGAGGCGGCUCGGUGGCUGCUGUGCCGGUCCGGCGUCCGCUCUACUCCCGCUAUGGCGGUGACCCAUGAGACAGGGCUGUCCCCACAGGCGCCGCCACAGGCCCAGGGUCCGUGUGGGGGAGACCAGGCCGCCUGGAGCCAGAGCCCCCGGGUGGUGCCCCAGAGGAGCCAGGAGCAGGGGAGUCCCGCGGCCCCCAGCGGAACUGAAACUGGAUGUUCUAGAACAUCAUUCAAAACAGAUACAAUUUCUAAAGGCACUGUCACAGAAAAACUGCAGGCAAACAAAAAGACAGAGGAUAUGACAAAUUACAUGGAUGAUUUAACUCUAAGCUCACCAAAAGAGAGAGAUUCUCGCUCAAAGUCCAAAACUAGUCGGGGCAGAUCAUCCUCAAGAUCAUCUAGCAGAUCAUCCUGCAGUUCACGAUCUAGUUCAAGCACUUCAACUUCCUCAAGGAGUUGGAGCAGGUCUAGAAGCAGAUCAAGAUCACGAGCUAGAAGAAAUAGUUCCAGAAGGUAUAGAAGAUAUUCGAGAUCAUAUUCCAGAAGUCGGUCAAGAUCACGUAGCCUUCGAUACAGAGGAAGGUACCAUCCUAGAACCUACAGGAGAUACCGCCGUUCUCCUCCAAGGUAUAGAUCACGCAGCAGGUCCCGGUCUCAUGGAAGAUCAUGGUCUCGUGGAAGACCAUAUUAUAGAAGAUCCUUCUCAAGAAGCAGAUCACGAUCAAGAGGCCGAAGAUACUAUGGAUUUGGGAGAACCAUAUAUCCUGAGGCUUACAGAAGUUGGAGAAGCAGAUCACGAACAAGAUCUCGUAGCAGAACACCUCUGCGCUUAAGUGAAAAAGAUAGGAGGGAACUCUUAGAAAUUGCAAAGGCUAAUGCUGCAAAAGCCCUGGGAACAGAUAACAUAGUCUUGCCAGCUAGCUUGAGAGUCUACAGCCUAUCCAAAGAGACAAAUGGUGGAAAAUGCAGAAGUGAAGAUUCUGUGGAGUCCACUGAGCAAUCCAGAAGACUAACAGAAGAUGUAACCAAAAGUGGAACUGAGAGCUCUCCCGCAAUGAAAGGCUUAUCUUUCAGCCCUAAUAACACAAUGGCAAAGCCAGUACUCCAGAAACCAGCAAGUCUCUCUGUUAAAGAGACAGCAGUAUCCUUGGGAAAAGAAGAUACAAAGAGAAAUCCCUAUGGGCAAUGGGCUCCAAUGAAGGAGGAAAACAGCUUAUUUAACCUUUCACCUAAAAGCGCACCCUUCCGAGCACGCUAGCCCCUUUCACUCACUGCCCUGUGAACUAUUGGCAUUAUGCAUUACUUCCAGAAGCGAGGUCUGAAAUUCUCUUAUCCGGUUGAAUAUUUUUGUUAAGUAUUUAAAGAGGUUAAUUUUGACAUGUUAGAUUUUUUUUUCCAGAUCUGAAAACACAGCACAAUGACCCAGAAACUACAAGUGGGAAUCUUAGGUAUAUAUUUGUAAAUACUUUUUUGUAUCACUAGAAUGGAGUAGAAAUUACAGGUGGGUAACUUCUUCUCAAUGUUACUGUAGUAGCCACUGUUCUGAACAUUUGUAAUGCAUUAUUUAAGUAAAACGUCUGUUUUGUUCUUUAGGGCCCAUGUAAUAAUUCAGUUGAACUGUGAAGUUGCCCUCUUUGUUUCUAGUCUGAGCUCUGUAGGUGGAAAUUGGCCUUAUGUAAUUAGCUUUGAGUGAAUGGUGAAGUACUAAAGAGCAAAUAGGUAAUAAUCAGAUGGUCUCAAUAGACUUCAGAUGUUGGAGCAACUUGAUUUCAAGUUGAAAAUGUUAAAUACGUAUCCUGCUGUGAGUGAUUCUCUGGAAUACACUUUCUUAAAUCUCUC